AUGCUGCGCACUUCAAUUGCGACGAGCCGUCAGUUGCUCUCCUCUCCAGUGUGCCCCAAGGCAUCUGCACAAUGGCUACGUUCCUCCAAUGCUGGGCGAGCAAAUACCACCACCAGGAGAUAUUAUGCUAUUCAACAAGAGCCUAAUGGGGCCUUGAGAAGCUCCUUGUCCCCCAGUGCUGCAGCAGUUUCAGACGUAUCCCAGAGAGCUUCAAACUCGACAAAUACGAAACGUCCAAACACAAGCGACCUAAACGUACGAUCACCGGCCUCUCCCUCGACUGGAUCAACUCUCAAACCGGAAACCGUGCUGGUGGCGCCUGUGUCUCCUCUGCGUCAAGGUCAGAGUUCUCCCGGCUCAGCUGCACCGGCACCCGAACCUGCAGCGGCCCCACCACCAUCUCCUCCUCCACCUCCACCAGCCCCUAAAACUGGACGUCUACGCAAAUUCCUGCUUUAUCUUUUCCUCACCACUGGGCUUGCUUAUGCUGGAGGUGUCUGGUACUCCCUUCGAUCGGACAACUUCUACGAUUUCUUCACCGAGUAUGCCCCUUAUGGCGAGAACGCGGUUAUUUAUCUUGAAGAACGUGAUUUUCGAAACCGGUUCCCAAAUGCUACAAAGAAGAACAAUCGCCGUGCCGUUGCGCCUAGAGAUGAAGGUGCUCAGGUGACGAUACCUGGCGGAAGCGGACUGUCAUGGAAGGUAGCGGAGGAGCAACAAGAAGGCAGUGAUAUCUCCAAGAAGGGGCCGCAUAUGAGUGCUGUGGAUAACAAUAAGGCGACGAAGGAUACCAAAACAGUUGAAAAGACCAAAGGUGGUGUGACCAGUAAAUCACCAGCUCAGAAGGAAGAAGCAGUCAAGACCAAGCCAGCGCCAGAGGGUGUGAAAACUCAGCCUGCCAAAGUGGCGGAGACUCCAAGAGAGCCAGCCAUUCCGGCAAUUACCACUAUCGAUCAUCUUGUGCUGAAUACAGAAGAUGAACCAGUUGUACAAGACCUGGUGAAGGUUUUCAACGAUAUAAUUACUGUAAUCAGCGCUGAUGCCCCUAGCUCGUUCUCUGGACCUGUUGCCAAGGCUAAGGAGGAGCUGGAGAAGAUAGGCAAACGCAUCCUUGCUCUUAAGAGUGACGCUCAGGCAUCAGCACAGAAGGAAAUCAACGAUGCACAUGCCUCUUUCGACAAAUCUGCGGCAAAUCUUAUUCGUCAUAUUGAUGAAAUGCGCGCUGAAGACGCCACUAAAUUCCGUGAGGAGUUUGAGGCAGAACGGGAAAGAAUUGCUCAAUCAUAUCAGGAGAAAAUCAACACGGAGCUACAGAGGGCUCAUGAAGUGGCAGAACAGCGACUCCGCAAUGAGCUUGUUGAACAGGCCAUUGAACUCAACCGUAAAUUCCUCAGUGAUGUCAAGAACCUUGUCGAGCACGAGCGUGAGAGCCGCCUCAGCAAGUUGGCUGAACUAGUCUCUAGCGUUGCGGAACUGGAACGACUCACUGCCGGAUGGAGCAACGUGAUUGACAUUAACCUGAAAACCCAACAGCUCCAGGUUGCCGUUGAUGCCGUGAGGACUACGCUUGAGAAUUCCAAUGUCCCUCGUCCCUUCAUUCGAGAAUUGGCUGCAGUCAAGGAGCUUGCGUCUAACGAUGAAGUUGUUAGUGCUGCCAUAGACUCUAUCAGCCCUGUGGCCUACCAACGCGGCAUCCCAUCCUCAGCUCAUCUGGUUGAUAGAUUUCGAAGAGUAGCUACCGAAGUUCGCAAAGCAAGCCUGUUGCCUGAAAAUGCUGGUAUCACAAGUCAUGCUGCUAGUUUCGUGUUGAACAAGGUUAUGCUUAAGAAGCAUGGGUCGCCUGCUGGUAAUGAUGUGGAGAGCACUCUCACCCGAGCUGAAAACUUCCUUGAGGAAGGUAAUCUUGAUGAGGCUGCUCGCGAAAUGAACAGUCUAAAGGGCUGGGCUAAGUUGUUAAGUAAGGACUGGCUUGCGGAUGUGCGAAGGGUCCUGGAGGUUAAACAAGCUCUCGAGGUUAUCGAAACCGAAGCCCGUCUCCGAUGCUUGCAAGUUGAAUAA